GGGGUAGUUUUCGCCGGCAUGACGACCCUCGCGUGCCACACACACUUUACAUGCUCAGUUUUCACUCUAUCGAUAAUCUCACCCGGCGUCGCGCCGAUAGGAUUAAUCCGUUUCGUGCCGUUGACGAAUCACAAUCAUCGUUCGCGACACUCUUUACUCUCACUAUACAUAAUAUAGUCGCAAACAUUUUUUCGGGGGUUAGUUCACGUGAUGACUUGGCGGGCCAACGUUCGACGCGUCCAACAAAAUAAUUCGCAACAAAAAUUUGCCAAUUUUACAUUUUUUCAACAAAUAUUUUCAUUUUCUUGUUGAUUUUGUUUUUUUUUUCGUGUGUUAUCGUCUCUCUCUCUCUCUCUUUCUCUUAUAUCUCUUCGCAGCAUCCACAUUCGAAUUUUAAAUUUCCCGUGCGUGUGGAGUUUUUUGUGCCUGUUUCGCGAUUUUUUUUUGUUUAAAAGUCGAAUUAAGUUAUUUAUUUAAAAUUAUGAAAUUCUAGUCGUGGAAUUUUUUUUUUUUGAAAGAGACUUGGGGAAAAAAGUGGAGAGAACUGUUUUGAUAAAUCAUUGAUAGUUGGAAAAUGUGCUUCAACUGCUAUUUGUUGUCAGCCCGGGAACUUUUAAACGUGAUGUGAAAGUGUCUUCCAAUGGGAAAUUGGAAUUGUUGUUAAUUUCGGCAAGGUGAAUAGACAUAACGAUGGUAGAUACGCAACACUUUUGUCUGCGAUGGAAUAACUACCAGAGCAGCAUUACGUCGGCAUUUGAGAACUUGCGAGAUGACGAGGAUUUUGUGGACGUCACGUUGGCCUGCGAUGGCAAAAGUCUCAAGGCACAUCGCGUUGUUCUCUCAGCCUGCAGUCCUUACUUCCGAGAGCUACUUAAGAGCACACCGUGUAAACACCCGGUGAUAGUACUACAAGAUGUAGCAUUCAGCGAUUUGCAUGCCUUGGUGGAAUUUAUCUACCACGGCGAAGUAAAUGUACAUCAACGCUCUCUUAGUAGCUUUCUUAAAACGGCCGAAGUCCUCAGGGUGUCAGGACUUACGCAACAGGCCGAUCAAACCGACAGGGAUGAGCUCUCGCAUGUUCGUGCGCUGGCUGCCGGUGGCAAUCACAUACCUCCGCAUGAAAAAUCGUCCUACGAAGGUGGUUUCCCUCGAGCGGGCUCGCCAUCAACUCCAGUAACCCCAACACCAACAACAGUACAACAAUUGCUGCGCAGGGCGCAGAUACGUAGAAACGAAAGGCAUACCCCAGACCCACACGAAGACAGUGUAAAGAGACCCAGGAUAUUAUCGCCUCCACUUAAUAACAAUGAUGCAACGCCCACGGAUUUUUCAAUGGUGAAAAAUCAUUUGUCGAAUAAAAUUGAGGGAAAUGGCAUUCACGAGGAGAAUAGUCCUGUUGAAGAUUCGAUAAAAUGUGAACCUCUCGAAUUAACUGGAGGUAAUGGUGGCAAUGGUCCCAAUAAUGAGGAUUCCUCGGAUUCUGGAGCGGCAGCGUCGGAUCGACCACCUGCAUCGGCGAGUAGUAACGAACAUGAAACUGAACCUGAACAUCCCCCAACGCCAAAUUUUAUCCCCGAGAGUAAACUAUUUACCUCAACGCCAGGGAGCUUCAAUUUUAGUAUGGCAGCACUCACCACAGACCAUUCACCAUUAUCAGUAGUAAAAUUUCCAGGUUUGGGUCACGGGUUACAAACACCGGACUUGGCGGGCACUUCGCAAGCUCCCAAUGACCAUUUUCAACUUUUAAUGCGGCAACCCUAUAAAGGAUACAAACAAAGUCCGCCUUCAGCGAUCUUAGCGAUGCGUCUUUCCCAUCCGUUGCAUGGUAAUCUUUUACCACCGGGUGUGUGUUACACAUGCGACGUGUGUGGGAAGACUUUGUCGACAAAAUUGACGCUGAAGCGACACAAAGAGCAGCAACACUUUCAGCCUCUGAACAGCGCAGUCUGUGGACUUUGUCAUAAAGUGUUCAGGACACUGAACAGCCUCAACAAUCACAAGAGCAUCUACCAUCGUAGACAGAAAUAAAGAAAAAAACAAAUAAAUUUUUUGUCAUGUGAAAACGAGAUUGACACGACAAAAAAGAAAUUGAAUGAAUAAUAAUAAUUUAUAUAAUUGUCAAUCGCGUUUUUUGAAAGCCCGAAUUUUUUUUUUUUUUUUUUUUUUUUUGAAGGGCUUUUUGGAUCGCGAGGAAUUAUCGAGCUUAGAGGCUUGUUCGUUUAUAAUAGCUGUUAGAGAAAAGGCAAUGACUGUCGACAGACGCAGACAAGUCGGAACAGAAGAUUUAUCUUUCUAUUUUUCAACAACCAGUGUCUUUGUGAUAAUUAUUAAUAUUAAAAAAUACUCGAUCGCAAAAUAUUGUCAAAUUUUGUGGAAUAAAAUAAUCUUGCCUUUUGCAAAUUUUUAGAAAAAAAAUGGACGUAUACAUUACGAGAAGUUGAAUCAAAUUUUUAUUAAAGUUUAGUCGUAUAUACGAUGACAAUUUAAUAAUUUAACUUAAUAAUUAUUUUAUUAAAAUUUAAUAAUACUAUCAUAAUAUUUUACUUUAAAAGGAAAUAAAUUUUAAUGAAAAUUAUCAAUCUACUUCUUCGAGUGUAUAAAUUUUCGAAGAGUUACAAUUUUUACAGGUCUGAUUAAUAUUUUUCCAAAAAUUUUUCUAUUUUUCUAUUUUUAUUGAAAUAUUUCCGUUCAUAUUCAAUUUUUUAAUUCAUUUCGAAAUAAGUCGAAUCCUCGCGUGUGCAAUUUGAAAAUAACUUUAAAAACAUCUGUUCUAAAUUGACUUUAUACUCGAAAAUAUUUUUUCAGGCCAUUAAACUUGUGCUCUCGGAGAGAAAAGAGAAAAAAAAAAGUUUCACGCAUUUUCUAGCACUUUUUGUCAAGUUUCUAAUUAUAAAAUAUUUUUAUAUAGAGAAAGGAGAAAAAAAAAUUUGCCAAUAUUUUGCUUCCCGAUAAAGAAUGAUGUUUUCGACUCCGACAAAUUUGCAUAGCGACUGUCUUGUCAUAGUUUUAUAAAAAAAAAUAAAAAAAAUUCCGUGAAGAAACACAGUGCUUCCAAGUGUGUUAAAAAAAAAUUGUGCAAGACCGAAAAAUUCGAAAGCGAUCUUAAAACAAGGAAAUGUAAAAUGAAAAAAAAAGGCUGGACCAGCUUCUCAAAUAUGCACCCGUUAAAAAAAAAGAAUUAUAUUCGUGUUGUUACGAUUAGGCGCAAUUAAUCGGGUGAUUAAAAAUACUUAUUAAGUCUAAAAUAAGACGUUUUACCAUAAAUAAAACGCUUAUAGAGGAUGGAUGAAGACUGUCGUACUUUUUUACGCGCGAGAAAAAAAAUGUCUUUAUUGCGAAAGACAAUUUUUAGAAAAUGACGGAAUUUUUCUUGCCCGUUAGGUUCGAGACUUUUUUUCUGUUUUUGAAAAAAGUGAUUAUUAUUAUUAUUAUUACUAUUGUUAAGCGUAUACGCGUGCAUAAAACUGAUUCGAGAGCGGUGCUACGAAAGAGCCGAGUUGGAAACGCGAUUUUUUAUCGCCAACUAUUAGUUAGGGUCUAUUAAGGUGAUAAAAAGGUUAAAAAAAAUAAAGGUAAAAAAAAACUUCCAGGCGUCCAAGACGCCAUCGUCCAACUAACUUUUAGGAUGAAAAAAAAACAUGUAAUGUUACAAGACUGUACGAACACUGAUUAACUACAAGACUCAAGAUUUUUUUAUUAUUUCUCACUUUAUAUAAAAUGAGUAGAAAAUUUUUUCUUUUCAGUAGAGAAUCUCGCCAAGGGACAACUCUUAGAAAAUUUAAAAAGAAAAAAAAUCUUGAGUGAAAAUUAAGAUGUCUCUUAGUGAGAAUUCGAAUUGAAGAUGCAAUUAAAUAAUAUAUUUUUUAUUUUAAUAUAUUCAUUCCACAUGAAAUGCUUUAACGGGAUACUUUUUUGCAUUUAGCAAUUUUUUUUUUCAUUUUAAUUUUUUUUGCGGUGUAUAUACAGGACCUUAUAUAUACAAAAGUACCUUUUACGACACUCAUUCCUCUUUUUUUGAAUAUCGUUAACACUUUUAUUUUUUCAAAUGGUUUUCACCUCCUUUUUCAAAGUCUGAUGUACAAUACUCAUAUACCACACACUCGUCAUCGUUCACAUUUCUUUUUUCAUCCACUCCAUUUCGUUUUCACCCCUUUAUGCAACCAAACACACUAUAUAUGUAAACCACUACCGAUUCAAAGAAAAAAAAAUGCACUUCGCGCACACACCUCAAGAGUAUAAAAAGUUUACCGGUUUUUUGCUGCAAAAUAGAAAAAAAAGAAGUUGACAGCUAUGGUCCAUUGACACUGACAGAUUACUAUGUACUAAGUAAAUAAUAAUAAUAGCUGCAUAUACAUAUAGCCGACUACAUACAAUAUACCUAUAUUUUAGUAGAACUUUGAUAAGCCACGUGAAAAACAAAACCUUCUUGAUGAUAAUUUUCCUCUUCUGAUCACAUUUGCAUUCGUUUUUUACUAUUUCUUCUGUUUUUUUUAAUUUAUUUAUUUGUGUGUA